AUGCUCAUCACCCCGUUGAUCGUCUUCAUAGAGUGUAUCGGUCUGCGGGCGAAGAGCUGGGCGCUCGUGGCGUGCGCGCAUCUGCUGCUGCUGCUGCCGAUUGCGGUGCAGACGCUGCUGCCGGUUGUUUAUGCGGCGGAGGCGUUUCCGCUGGAGUUUCGAGGUGCCCCUUCCUCUCUUUUGUCUUCCAGGGUAUAUGCUAAUCCUGAUGGGAUAGAUGUCGGGAUGACGGUCGGCGCGUCGCUGCUGUUUGCGAGUGAGAUGGCCGCGCGCUGGCUCAUCGUCCGGUACAAGGUGGCGCCCAAGAAUGGCGAGUUCUCGGACACGUAUUACUCGUUGACUGCGCUUAUUUGCUUUGGGUACCCGUCUCCAACUUCCGUACGUUUUGGGUGGAAGUAUGCUGACAUGCUUUAG